AUGACAAAGAAUCAGUGUUCCUCGUGCUCAUGGGGGAGCUCUCAUGGUGCUUCAUCAUCAAGAGGAAUGGUUGGCAGCGAAAUGUGCUAUUGUGGAGAGCUUGCCGUAUUGACAGUGGCAAAAACUCCUAAGAACCAGGGCAAGCAUUUUUGGGGCUGCCCUAAUUACAGGCGAAGUCGUUAUGAAGAAGUGCGAGGAUGUAAUUUCUUCAAAUGGCACAUUGAAGAUAAUGGAGAUGAAAGGGAUACUACAAUUGGAUGGCAAAGGAGAAAGAUCAUUAAUUUGGAAAGAUCACUUUUGGUUUGUCAGAAAAGGGAGAAGAUUGUUGAUUGUAAUGAGGUUGUAAUGAAUGAGAAUGAGGUUGUAAUGAACUUGGUUAUAUUUGGUUACUUUAAGUUGGUUAUAUUAUAA